AGUUUCAAGACUAAUUUUAACCAAAGGCCUCGGAAAUUUCCACCUGUCCAUUAUUGAUUUCAAGUUUUAGUCUACAAUUUGUGUUUUCGCCAUAUCGGAAGCGAGAAUGGCACUGAGUAUCAAAGAAAAACAUCAAUUCGGAUUCUAUAACAAUCUUAGAUUGAGGAUAUUUCAAGUUCAUGAUGGGAACCAGUUGAGAUACCUAGAAGGAGAACAGAACGUAGAACUGCUGUGUUGUCAUCCGUGUAUAAAACCUGUUAUUGAGAAUUUUCAAGCUGUUCUGAUGUUCCAGAACCCUGAACAGAAAACAAGAGCAAUCGAAUGUCUUGAAAAGAUUCGUGAUGCAUACAAACAAAAUUUGAAUAUUCAAGCAAAUCUUGCAGAAAUGUAUAGACAAACGAAACAGACAACAAAAGAAGAGGAUUGCAAGAAAAACAUAGAUCGAAUUCUCCAUUCCCCCGAUAGAGACCUCGAAAAAGCCAGAAGUUUGGCGGAACAAGGAUACAUUUUGAUAAUAGACCUACAUUCGGAGACGACUGAUAGUCCAGAGAAAAAGAUCAUGGACUUCAGGGAUCAAGUGAAAGAAAUUUUGGAGUCCUCAAGAGGACGUAUACAGGUUGCAGGAUGUGAGAGUAUUCUUAAAGACGUAACAACAAUUCGGAAAAAGCUGUUGGGGUUGCAUACAAACUGCCACAAAGAAACAACACAAGAGAGGAAACGGGCAGUUAAAACAUUAGCAGAGGCCAUCAAGAUUUUUGAAAUCCUCAUUCAAAACGACAAUACAAUAUUGACAGAAGUAAUUGUUUGGAGGCAUUAUCUUGGUAAAGCAUACCACAGAUUGAGUGGUGGAAGUGAUGAAAUAUUAUCAGGUCUAGAUAAAAAGAUAUACAUUAAGAAAGCAGUUGAAUCUUUUGAACAUGUAGCCGUUCAUUUUCAAUCCAAGGUUACUGAUGACAAAGAGGCAAGAAUUCUUGCAAGAACGUAUGCGUAUAUCGCCUGCAUUUACAUUCAAAAGAAGCACAGAAUAAAAUCAGAUGAACAUUUGGGAAAACUGAAAGUAAAAGACAUUAUUGCAUUUCAAGAGCCGAUGCGAAUAGCAGCCCUUGCAGAGGAAAUUUGCAGUAAACAUCCCGAUCGAGUUACUUUCAAUAGACUUGGUAUAUUGCAGGAAGUGGUAAAAGAAUGGUCGAAAGCGGAAGAGUAUUACAAUAAAUCUAUAGCUGUGUGCAGUGACUACAACUGGUUUGCCUAUUCCUUACUUUGCCAGCUUUAUUUAAAUAAACAUGUUGACAAUUUUAGGGUUGACAGACAAGAGUCUAGAAAUUCAGAAGAAUUAAAGAAAGCCAAAGAAUAUGGAAUAGUCAGUCUAGACAAACGAAAAACAAGCACCACACUAUGCAGACUAGCCAAAGUUUGUAAAUACAUGGGAGAAUGGAAGGAGGCAAUCGGAUAUCUCCAUACUGCUCUCUGUAGCCACGAGUGUGACAAGCACCAUGAAUUAUAUGCAAUCUUGGCAUACUGCGAGUACAAAACAGGAAAUUUUGAGGGUGCAGUUCAUAUUAUGAAAAUAGCCAUUACUAUAGAGCCUCAAAAUCAAAAAGAUCCAUUGAAUUUCAAACAAUUUCUUGAAUAUUUAUUGGAAAAUUUUAGAGUUAACUUCAAAAGGUCUAAGGGACAGAUUUGGCAAAGAAAAAAGAAAGAUUUAGAAGAGAUAUGCUGUGUUCUUGAAGAAGCACACAGAAAGCAUAAGCAGAGAAUCAAGUACCAGUGGAUAAAUGUGAUUAAUAACUACCCACACGAGACUGUCGAGGUUCUAGACACAUUGAUUAAACAGAUAUCAAGUGAUAGGCGAGAUACUUUGAUUAAAAUGGGGUUGAAAGCUUUAAAUCAUCACAAAGGAGAACAUGUCAAGGAACGUGCAAGGAAACUGGAAGAGAAAAGAAUGACCAAUCAUACACAUCAAGAACCAGAAGUUUCAAUAGACCAACUCGUUGGACAAAUAUCAGAAAUUUCUACAACAACUGAUGAUUAUCUUUUCGACUAUUAUGUUCUUUUUGGUCCAUCAGAAAGAUCAUGGGUAGAAAAUAUUUUCCUGGAUGUAAUUGGAAAAGAGUUCAACACGACAGAAUCAAUUUUAGAAGGUCUAACAUUCAAACCUGGACACACUACUGAGUAUAUCUACAAAAAAUGCAGAAUGUUUGUAUUUGUCAUUUCUGAGGAUUUCAAAACAACACCAAGACUUACUGCUCUUGCCCAAGAACUCAAAACCCUGUGCAUCGAUAACAAGGAAGACAGAAUUAUUCCAGUAACACGAGAUACAGACAUGCCAGACUUUUUGAGCACUUUAGAACCCGGUCAUGCAGAUGAUAUAUUUACGAUCAGAAGUGCCAUUCUUUUAGGAUUGAAUGAAAGAAAAGACUUGCAUGAUGACGACGGUGAUGCUGAUAAUGAGGACAACACCAGUGAUGAGGAGAAAAUAGAACAAACAGAUGAAACAUCGCUAUACCAAAGAACAGAGAGCGAAUAAUGCAUUCAGUUUUUAAGAAACCGUAAUACAUAUAGUAUGUUCUUGAAGUUAACAAAUAGGAAAACAAUUUCUAUUCAUCAAAUUAGAAUACGAAAAUGAACAUUUCAAAUGCGACACCUUUUUUCAAUGUUCGUUCAGUAUUGUUGUAGUCGUUUUUAGUUUCUAAGGUAGAUUUUGUAUCAUAGUUCUGAGAUAGUAAAAUGUAAAAUAACAAAAAUACCGAACUUUGAGGAAAAUUCCAAACGGAAAGUCCCUAUUCAAAUGGCAAAAUCAAAACCUCAAACAUAUCAAACGAAUAGAUAACAACUGCCGUUUUAUUGUCUUGGUACAAUUUUGGGGUCGUAUAAAAAUUGCAAUCAAAUUGCUAAAUACCCGUCUUAGAUUUCAACAACAAAAAAGGUUAAACAUUCCGAGGGAGCGAUCAGAAAAAAGUAAAAUCACAAAAAUACUGAACUCCAAGGAAAUUUCAAAACGGAAAUUCCCUUAUCAAAUGGCAAAAUCAAAUGAUAAAACAAAUGGACAACUGUCAUAUUCAUGACUUGGUACAGGCAUUUUCAAAUGUAGAAACCACAGUCCAAGAUAUUUGUAAACUCCAUUGCAAAUUAAAGUCUAUAAAUCACCUCAUAGAAAAUUAUAAAUUGAGUAUUCAAAAACCUUCCAAAAGUAUGGGAUGAACUGGGAUCAUCUUCUGUGACACACCUAUUUUAUAAUGGUAAACCGAUUCAUGGAGAUAUGACUAUAGUUUUAUAGAUUCCAAAUUCAUGUAUUUGGUUUUGAUGUUAUAUUUGUUAUUCUCGUGGGAUUUUGUCCAGUGCUUGGUCCGUUUCUGUGUGUGUUACAUUUCAGUGUUGUGUCGUUGUUCUACUCUUAUAUUUAAUGUGUUUCCCUCGUUGUUAGUUUUACCCCAAUUUUGUUUUUUGUCAAUGGAUUUAUGAGUUUUUAACAGCGGUAUACUACUAAUGCCUUUAUUUACACUUAGGAAACCUUUGCGAUGUUCACAAACUUUAAUACAAGACAAAAAUGGUAGGAAAUGUAAGCUCUAGAAUAUUGCAUGAACUGAGAGAGAUAAUGAUGUCCAUAAUGUACAAGUUAUAUUUAAAAUUUUGUAGCUCUGUUUUGGGGUGUAUAUAUUGUUGUAUUAUUGUCAAUUUAGUUUGGACUUUCUGAUUGUCAAGUGUUUUCAAUAAUCAGUCAUUUUCUUGGUUAAACAUUUAACAUUUGUGUAUAUUAGAUUCAUAUAAAACUUUCAUUUUUUUAUUUAAUUUGUUGUCCAUGUAUUAUUAUAAUCUAAAUGUUAUGAAAAUAAUUAUGAUAUAGUGUAA